AUGUCGGGCAUCACUUCCUACGCAUAUCCUGGUGUCGGUAUCUUCGUAAGGGAGCAUUUUUGGUACAGCCAGGCGAACCGCCACGGUGAUUACGUUACUUGCGCCGGCCAAGGUGGAUGGAAGCCCGACACCCAAGACCCAGGCGCAGCAAUCGCAGACGAAACAUUGAUCCCCAAGGACGUUGGCGAGGAGAUCGACCAAGCCUUUGCUAAUGUGCAACAUGCUCUCGAGCACGCCGGUAGUAAAGGCUGGUCACAGGUAUACAAGGUCCUUACUUUGAGCACGAGUAUCCCGGAGCAGCACGAACACAUUGUGCGGAACCUGAAAAAGUGGCAACCGGACGAGAAGAGAGCGACAUGGACAGAAGUUGGCGUGGCCCAUCUUGGACUUCCGACUAUGCGGUUCGAGAUUGAGGUUGAAGCGUAUGAUCCUGAGGGUGCGAAGAGAGCUUGA